AUGUACACAUACAUGGAAUACCUUCAGAGAUGUUUCUACAAAACCACGGGCUGGAACGAGGAUAAUAUUUUCUCCAAUAUAAUUGCAACACCACAAGCUAUCCUUGACUUCCCAAUACCCAAUGGGUUGAAAAUAGACUCUUCAUCAAAGUCAUCUGACUACCUGGCAUCAUCAUUUACAUUAUCCAAUUUCCAUCAGAUAAAUGGGUCUUUAGCGUACUUGUACUCCCUGAUACCGUUGACCAACACAAUGGGGACAAAAGAGAUAUCAUUACAGGAGGCAAUCGCAGGAUUCAGAAUAAUAGAACCUAUCAUGAAAGCAAGUCAAUUGCAAGGGAAGUCGCAAACUGACUACGGCCCAAAUCAAAAACCGCUGCUACUAUAUGGCCGCAUGUAUUUUCCAGGCUCAGCGUUGGAAGCAAUGGUUAUUAAACGCCUUAACGAAAACACGCAACUAUUGAUUAAAUGUGUGAGCCAUCCACAGUUGGAGAAGAACGGCACUGUUAUUGUAUAUUUGCAAAACAACACUGCAAAGUACCUGCGAGAAGUUAUUUAUUCAACCAAUGAAUCUUUGAUUGGAGUAAGAUGCUUGUACAACUGGGGCACGACAAUAUCAAAAAGUAUCAGUCCUCAUCUAGUUCCAAAAUUUGAAAAUUCAGUGGUCUCUUUGGGCACAGAACUAUGGUUUGCUGCACGAACAAUGAGCCCUGGACUUUCCUCAGCGUUGAGGUACUCAACAAGAUCUACUUCCACUGGAAAGCCACUAACAAUGACUUUGGCGGUGAAUCCUAUUUUGGGUCACAUAUCCCUGACUUAUACUGUAAAGACAUCAGUUGCGUCAACGUUUUGCUCAAAAUAUGACUUUAAUUUCUUUUCCUAUGCCAGCAACUUGUCCCUUGGGUUUGAGUUGUACAGUUAUGCGAAAAAGAAGAAAUCACUACAGCCAACCUUUACCAACUACGACGAUGAGGAUGUAACUUCAUUUCGAAAGCUAAAUCAAGAAGCUUCGAGAAGGACAAGAAGGGGAUCUCAUAGUCUGCGAAAUAGGAACACCCAUCUCGAUACUCACCAAAGAGAACCUCAGAGCAGUGAACACCCUCAUCAAAGGUCCCUAGGUAAUACAACUCACCACCAUGGAGGUGCAGUUACCACAGCAUUUCAAAACUUGGUGAAUGAAAGUGACUUUUCAAGUGUUUUAAAAGUGUCUACCAGCUUGAGGGAUAGUAGUGUUAGGUUGUUGUGGGAAGGUCGAUUGAGAGACUUUUUAGUUAGCGCUGGUGCUAGAGUAUCGUUGAACCCUGUAACAAGUACACCGGAAGUAAACAAGCUAGGAAUAACACUAUCAUCAAAUUACGGUUUGAAAACAGCGUUGCCUUCUAAAAUUGGCAAAUCACACAUUUCGUUCAACGAUGUAGACAAUUAUAAAGGCAUGCCUGAUGUGGAGAAAAAUUCAGGCCAUCAUUAUACCCAGUUAAUGUUUCAGGAAUUGGGAAUGCCUUUGAGAAAUCACUUUACUUCGCAAAAUCCGUUGUUUCCCCACCCUUCCAAUAAGAGCAACAAAGCACCAAGAGAGGGAAGCUUGACUAAUCUUUUGAAUUUGGAUACCAGAGCAAACACAGAAUCGGUUAUUGGAAUCUUGAACAAUAAUCCUAACUUGUAUCAGAGUUUUAGAAACUACAUUUCCAAAAACCACCCAAAAGUUUUACUUACAAAAACACCACAUUCAGAAAUAGUAGGCUUGAUUAAGGAAUUUCUAAAGAAUUCGCAACAAGUUUCAAAGAAGGAAAGCACCGUCCACGAUAGGUCGAGAGGGGAUAUUUAUCUCGUUCAAGGUACAGGUGGAUUCUCCUAUAAUCAAAAAGGCAGGCUUCAAAACACCCCUAACGGUAUCAAAAAUAAUACAGUUGCAACAGGAAGAAUUGUAGGCACUAAAGAAGCGGCAAUUGGUGGUUUUGUUGCAAAUGUGAUUGAUCGUUCAAUCGCUUUACAAACAAACUACGCUAAGAAUUACCCUGGCAAGCAUCACAGACAAUUCACAAUGCCUUUCAAAAUCAAUGAAGUGGAAUUAUCUGAGGAUGGUUCUAUUAGACUUUUUGCUGAAGGUAUCAAGACUGGUAAUUGGUCAGACGCCGACGAAAGGUAUCCUACAUCCGGCUCUUCUUUUGCUAGUUCUUCCGAAAGAGUUAAAGCUGAUGAUGAGAGUUUGGAAAGUUUGUUAAACUUGAUACUCCCUUCAAGGUGA